GGCUCCCUGGGAGUCCUUUAAAAGCCGAGGUGGGCGGGUCCACUUCGCCGGCUCCGGGACUCGGAGGCUCGAGGCUCGAGGCUUUAAAGAGACUGGAGCAGCGCUCAGCUGGAGAAGUUUCCAGAAGCUCAGGCCUCCCGACCUCCGCAGGUUCUACCUCCAGGUCCCCGAACAAGAAACACCUGCCCGCCCCUGCCCUCUUCCACCCCUCCCCCGCCCGGCACCUCGCUGGCCGCAGCACCUGUGGGCCUGGACUCCCACGUGGGCAGCAAGCGCCCCCUUGCCCGUCACCCCUAGAGGCAGCAGUGUGGCCAUGUGCCCCCCGGUGGUCGUGCGCAAGAGCAGAGAGGGCAUGGCCUACCUCUACGCUUCCUGGCUGUACGAGCUGAAGCAUGGAAGCCAGCUGGAGGUCUGCUUCACCUGCUUCAAGAUUGCCUUCAUGGACCUCAAAGACAUGCUGGAGUCCGAGGACUGGGAAGAUGAAGAGUGGGACCCCAUGGAGCUGGAUGAGGCAGAGCACGAGCAGGCAGAGAACCUGGGGCCAGAACCUGGCUGGGAGCCCUGGGCCCUGGUGCCAACCUCAGUGGAGAUAGAGGAAGAAUACCUGGAUGACUCCAUGGUGCCCAUUGAGCUGGAGCCACAAAGUGCAGUGCCCCUAGGCCCGGGCCCCGAGCAUGCUGACUGGACCCAGGCUCUUCCCUGGAGGUUUAAUGGGCUUCCUGCCUGCAACCACUGGCCGAGCCCCCCUUCCCCAAAGCCGGUGUUCCCCAGAGUGACUCUGUCCCCGGUGGAGCCCAUGGUGCUGGAGCUGGGCACCAUGUGGCCAGUGGAGCCUGCGGAGGCCAAGGCCUGGUUGCUGGAUCUGCAGGUCUUCUGCGUGGUGGGCUACCAAGACACCACCAUCUACCUGCGGAAGAUGACUCCAACUCAGGCCCUGAGGAGCCUGGGCCAGCGCUGGAGAGUGCUGCUGGAGCCCGCUGAGGUAUGGAUGCUAAAGCUCCAGGAAUCAGCUGAGCCACCGUAUGACCUGCUUCGUUGCCAGCUGAGUAUCCUGGAGAAAACACAACACAGUGAGCAGCUGUUGCCUGCACGCACGAUCCUGCAGCAGAAGGGAUUCACCAUCGUGUCCUACUCAGCCUGUAGUGUGAAUGAGGGACACUCAGCCUCUGCUUCAUGGUUCCCCACCUCGGGGCAGGACCCGGGACCCCUGGAGACUGGGAGCCGUGUUCCCAGGGGGCCUGGAGAGAGCCUGGCUGUCACGGGAGUCCUGGCUCUGGGGGAGCUGUCCUGCUUCCAGCCCUUCCACCCCGAGCUGGAGAACCGAGGGGCUGAGCCCCAGGCAGUCAGUCACCACUGCCCUGGCCAUUCCAGGAGACCAGGGACUGGGCCGGGCCGGCCACUGUCCCUCCUCAGCAGCCGGGGGAGCAGGCGGCAGGGCUGGCGAGCUUCAGCUGGAGGAGUGUGGAGCAGCCUGGGACCGGGAAUUGGACCUGCUGGGGCCGGGGGUGGGGGUUAACCUGUGUUCAUACCAGGUGACUGCCGUAG